AUGACCAACCCAACCAAAAUCCUCUACGUGGUGCUGCUCACCGCGGGCGUCACUCUGAUGCUCGUCGUCCACGUCCUUGUUGUUUUCUGGGCUAUAAAGGGGGGACUCGGCUCCCGUGGCCGUGGCGCCACGCGCGCCAUUGAGGAGGACGGCCACGGUGGAGGACUGUCCGCCGGCGAGCUCGUCAGGCUUCCUUGCCACGACUUCGAGUCUGCAGACGGCGAGGCCGGCGGGGACUGCGCGGUCUGCCUCGAGGCGUUCGAGGCCGGCGACCGGUGCAGGCAGCUGCCACGGUCAGGGGCGAAUCUAGAGAGGUUCAUCAGCUUCCACGCAGAGUGCGUGGACUCGUGGCCGACGAAGAGCAGCGUGUGCCCCGUGUGCCGUGCCGACGUGGUGGACCAGGUGCCCAAGGGCGAGGCGAAGGCGGCGGCCUCAUCAGGGGUCGUGGAGAUGGCGGAGAUGAGAAGCUCCGACGCCGCAUUGGAGAUCGUCACUGAAAGAUAG